AUGGAUAUUGAAGAUGAUUGUCCACCUGAAGAUAUUUCUCAUCUUGGCUUUUUUCAUCAUGUACAACAACAACAAUCAUCAAGUAGCAGCAAUGUAGCCGAUUUAUUUCCAUGCGAUAAAUGCGGUGUUAAAUUUGCCAGAAGAGAUGUACUUUUUGAUCAUAUAUUUAGUGAACAUUUUGAUCAAAAAUUAACGCCAAAAAAAGAAUUCCCUUGUGAAAAUUGUCAUCGAAGUUAUACAUCGCGAAGUAAUUUACGUCGUCAUCAAAGACAAGAAUGUAAUACAGAACCACAAUUUGUUUGUCCAUUUUGUUUUCCUUUACCACAUGUGGAGUUCAACUAUUUGUUGCAUUCUUCAUCAUCAAACGAGAGUUCAAGCAUAUUUACUGGUAAAAAUAUAAACGAAGGAACAAGUUCUUCUUCAAAAUAUUAUUCGCCAACGAAAAUUCAAAGUAAUUCAGAAAAAUCAUCAGUGAAGAAACCAUUUAAAUGUCCAAAAUGUGAUCGUACAUUUGCCGUUAAAGGAAAUAUGAAUAGACAUCUUAAAUAUGAAUGUAAUCAAGCGCCAAAAUUUUCCUGUCCCUAUUGUUAUUUUCGCUCGAAACAAAGUUCUAAUGUUCUUGCACACAUUAGAGCACGUCACAGUGGUCAAAAUGCUUAUGUUAUUAACCUAAGGAACGAGACAUAAGAAAGAAAAAAAAAUGUAAUAACAAUUUAAAAAUUUAUUUAUUAAAUAAAUAUUAAAAAAUUUCUUUUUUUAAAAAAUAAUUGUAUGGGCUAGAUAUUAAAAACAAAAUUUUCAAAUUUUAAUUAUAUUUAAUCUAAAUAGUUUCAUUUAAAAAAAAAAGAAAAAAAAAUUGUGAUUUAUUAUAAUACUGAAUAAAAUUUAAGCGUCGAAAAACUAUUUAUAAUAUGAUUUUAAAAGCCCUUGCAUGGUUUUUUUUC